AUGACACUGAUGAAAUUGAAGCUAAACUCUCCCAAUUUAGAUUUAGCUGAGAGGUUCAACACAAGUAAGACAACAGUGCAAAAUAUUGUGGUUACACAUAUUUUUGCUUUGCAUGAGGUGUUCUUUGAGGGCAUGAUUGAAAAUAACAUUCCCUCCCUCUUAAAGUGCAAGUCCUCUAUGCCGACAAGUUUUGGUGAUUUUAAUUGUUGCCGUCUUGUGAUCGAUGCGACAGAGGUGACCCAAGACGUUCCAGGGCAGGAUAUGUUAGCACAGUCUCAAACUUAUAGCUCAUAUAAAAACAGGCACACCGUAAAAUCUGUUACAGGCGUUGCCCCUGACGGAGCUGUGGUAUAUGUAAGCAAACUUUACCCAGGAAGUACAUCUGAUGUGGCCAUUGUUGAACACAGUAAAAUGCUCUGCCAGUUGAAACCAGGGGAUAUGAUUUUGGCUGAUAAAGGUUUUACUAUUCACUCUCUCCUUCCAGCAGGUGUGCAUCUCAACAUCCCUCCUUUCUUGAAAGACAAAGGACAAUACACUCCUGCCGAAGUGCAACUGUGCAGAAAAAUUGCCAGAUCUCGUAUCCAUGUAGAGCGGGUAAAUGAAAGAAUUAAGAACUUUGAGAUAUUAUCUCACAUUCCUCACAAGUUUAGACAUUUAAGCACGAAAAUUUUUCAAGUAUGUUCUAUACUAGUCAGUUUUCAAGAUCCAAUGAUUGCAGAGAUUGCAGAUAAUUACAUUCAGGCUCAAGAUUUAGACACUCAUUAA